AUGCUACGCUUUGGCGCACUUUGCGUCCUCCUGGCGCUGGGCCAAGCUUCCCAAGCGCCAGAACCUAUGACGCUGGAACGGAAGAUGGAGUUGUUCACCGCGGUGUGCACACACGAGGCUCACGGAACAAUGCUGGCCGAUCCCUUCGAUUGCACAUCCUUCAUCGUGUGCGAUCACGGCAAGACGUCGGUGAAGAAGUGCCACGGAGGACUUCGCUACGAUCCCCGUCUGAGGGUGUGCAAUUGGGCCCAUCAAGUGCAGUGCGGAGAGAGUCCUAGUAUCCCUCCAAACAACGGCAGUCCAAUUCGCUGCUACGGCUACGAUAGUGUGUACUUCAUCGCCGAUACGACACACUGUGAGAAAUACUACAUCUGCGCCAAUGGAAUUCCCUACCAGCACCACUGUGCGCCCGGUGUCCACUGGGACUACAUCAACAACCAGUGUGACUUCCCUGGAAAUGCCUUCUGCUACGAGAAGGGUGACAACAACGUCGAGGAUGUGCCCGAUUUCGAGGAGCCCGACGAGGAUGAACCCCUGCCAGACUGCACAGGUGACCAGAAGUUCUUCCCCUAUCCCGAGGACUGCUCCAAGUACUACAUCUGCAUCGGUGGAUCGCCCUUCAUCAUGAGCUGCCCCAGCAACUACCACUGGAACGCCCCGCGCUUCCAGUGCGACCUGCCACAGUCGGCCACGUGCGAGGGCAAGAAGCGCAACUAGACCUCACCCGGCCCUGCAACACUCCAUCGCCGAUCCGACAACAUAUGUUACAGAGAGCAAGAAAUCUUCGAGUGCAGUAACUGAGGGAGAGAGACUUGUGUAUGCUAAUUUGAGGGAAUUUUAAUUGAAGU